AUGAAUAAUUGUUGGUCAAAUUUUGGGGUGCAACAUGGUGUUGACAACAUUUGGAUUAAACCAGGUGCUAAAGUCCUUUACCUAGGAGCUGCUUCAGGAACAACUGUCUCUCAUGUGUCUGAUAUUGUUGGUCCCACUGGAGUUGUGUAUGCAGUAGAGUUCUCCCACCGAAGUGGGCGUGAUUUGGUUAACAUGGCCAAAAAGCGUACUAAUGUUAUUCCCAUUAUUGAAGAUGCUAGACAUCCAGCCAAGUACAGAAUGUUAGUUGGCAUGGUAGAUGUCAUAUUUUCUGAUGUUGCUCAGCCUGAUCAGGCAAGAAUUUUAGGUCUGAAUGCUUCAUACUAUCUUAAAGCCGGAGGCCAUUUUGUUAUAUCCAUCAAGGCCAAUUGCAUUGAUUCUACAGUUCCUGCAGAGGCAGUGUUCACUAGUGAAGUGAACAAGUUGAAGGCAGAUCAAUUUAAGCCAUCUGAGCAAGUGACUCUUGAACCAUUUGAGAGGGACCAUGCUUGUGUUGUUGGUGGAUACAGAAUACCUAAGAAGAAGAAAGAUGCUGAAUAG